CAUCCCCAUCACGCACUUACCCUACAUCCUUAACACACUGUCCAACAAGGUAAGUGUUAACGUUAUAAAGCACCUUCAUGUCCUGCUAUUUCUAUUAAAAAAAACAGUUUCUCAGUCAUCUUUGUCAUAUUCCAAAAUUAAGCUUGCAUUAUUCACCAGAAUGGCUAAUUCAUAUGAAAACAACUUCCCCCCUCAGAAGCAAGACACUCAGCCUGGCAAAGAGUACCUCAUGAAUCCACCACCCCAAUACAACAGCUCCCAAUACAAGCCAUCAAAUAAACUUCAGGGAAAGAUAGCUGUAGUAACCGGGGGUGAUUCUGGAAUUGGACGAGCCGUGUGCAACUUGUUUUCAUUAGAAGGUGCUACUGUGAUCUUCACCUACGUGAAGGGGCAAGAGGACAGGGACGCGAGUGACACGCUUGAGAUUAUAAAAAAAGCUAAGACUGAAGAUGCUAAAGAUCCAUUGGCUAUACCUGUUGACGUGGGUUAUGAAGAGAAUUGCAAGAAAGUGGUGGACGAGGUUAUCAACGCUUAUGGCCGCAUUGACAUUCUGGUCAACAAUGCAGCUGAGCAGUACGAGAGUGAUUCCCUGGAAGAUAUUGAUGAUGCAAGACUCGAGAGGGUCUUCAGAACUAAUAUAUUUUCCCAUUUCUUCAUGACCAAACAUGCUCUGAAGCACAUGAAGGAAGGAAGUAGCAUUAUCAACACAACAUCAGUGAAUGCAUAUCAGGGAGACGGAACACUAGUGGAUUAUACUUCCACGAAGGGUGCGAUUGUGGGGUUUACACGAGCCCUAGCGCUUCAGCUUGUGAGCAAGGGAAUAAGAGUGAACGGGGUUGCACCUGGACCCAUCUGGACUCCGUUAAUAGUAGCAACAAUGAACGAGGAAACAAUUGUUCGAUUUGGUUCGGAUGUGCCAAUGAAGAGAGCUGGCCAACCUAUUGAAGUUGCUCCCUCUUAUGUCUUUCUUGCUAGCAACAUAUGCUCCUCUUACAUUACUGGCCAAGUCCUCCACCCCAAUGGUGGAAUCAUUGUGAAUGCUUGAUGAAUUGACGGAUAUAUAAAUGAUACCUCAUUAAUCGAGACUGGUAUAUGUAAUGUCAUUGACUCAUUGUGGUUCUUGUCUACGUCAACACUAUGUUACGAAUGGCAGUGAAUGAGCACGGUACUAUCGAUAUGUAUGAAUGAAUAAUAUAUGUCUGGAUGAAGAUUCGUUGAAAGCAAGCAUAAAUAUUGCUUUCAAACGUAUAAACCUAAGAAAAUGUACUACUUGAAAUAUAUUUGAAGCAAGAUCUAUUAUAUAUAUUUGUUACGGACAGAUAACGGUCAUUGCAGACCUCAAUCGCAGUCUGAUGCUGUUGCCAUAGCCGCCGUCACUGUCAUGUUAUCUAUUAUAUAUUUGUUGCGGACAGAUACUGGAGAUACUGUCGUUUGCAAAAAUUCUGUAACUAUUUUUAUAUGACAAAUUUAGUAUGGUUAUUUUUAUUUUUA